AACAAAAGACAAAAAACUGGAUUCCUUACAUCUAAGUGAUUCCGUGGUCUACUGUUUGCCUUAGAGAGUGGGAAGUAUCAUCUCAUAAAGGUAAGCAAAAACCUUCAUCUUCCCCCCUCCCCCACCGCCUUGUUGGUUCUCUAUGGGAAGCUACACUCUUGGAAUUAUCGAUCAAACAUUUCAGCAUUGCAAUUUUGUCCAUUCACCCAUACGAUGCUUGAAAUUUCCAUAUGGUAUCCUCAGCUUGUCAUUCAGCCUUGUAUACAUCCAGGGAAGGAAGUUUAUUAACCCCAGGUAAGAGUAUUCUUAGGAUCUUUGAGAAUUUGAUUGAGAUGCCCAUUCAAUCUAAGAGAGAACUUUGUCUUGCCACAUGGCUUUCUUUCAUUCCUUGUUCUGAGAAGCUCCGAAGAAUUAAAGACAAUAUUUCUUUCCUCUACUGUAUUAGUUCUACAAUAAGAAGACCUCAGUCAUAUCUUCGUAGUUAGAUUCACCAUUGGUUAAACUAUCUGUUUCAUACAGUUUGUGUAUGUAAGUCUGUUUUCCAUCCUGUUUGCCUUCCUCUAAACCUGUCCCAUGUGUCCUUAUUUUACUUUUUUACAUGUUGCUGCUAAGCCACAAUAUAUUCUGUACUUUGAAGGUCCUGAAAAUUACCCCCAUUUAGCUCUUUAAUAUUUUAUAGAUUUCUUUCCCAUUGUAGGGGUAAAAUUAGGUGAACAUCAAGGCAGAGAAAUAUUUAUACAUGUCGGUCAGCAUGGGCUAAGACCACAUCACACUUCUGUUCAGAGACUAGAAGAGAUGGAAUCUUUUCUCUCAGAAGACAUUGGCUCUAUGAUACAGAACAAGGCCAUUGAGAGAAUCAUCUCCCCAAUGACUGUUCAGCUCUGCCAUCUGAUCAUUUCGAUGGAGAAGAAAGACAUGGAAAAUGAAGCAUUUGCCUGUUUGGAGAAGAUGGCGGAAGAAUUGGCCCAAGCUAGUGAAGACUUUGUGCAAGUUGCCAAAAGGCUGGCAGGAGACUCUGAGGAGGAGUGGCUCUGGGAGGAAAUGAGGCCUACUGCUGAGUCUCUGGUCCUGUCUGGAAGGAACAUCGUGCUGGUGGCUCAGAAGCUCCAUCUUCAGCCGGGAUGUCAAAGCCACCAGGAGGAGCUAGUGACUACAGCUCAGCAGAUCCUGGUGGACACCACAAAGGUCCUGCUCCUAGAAGACGCGGCGAUGGCGAGGAAGAUAGUGCGGGCGGCGGGUUGGUGCCUGACCUGCCUGGACGCGCUGGAGGACGCGGACGACGCGGCCUCGCUGCGCGGCCCCUUCGCCGACCUGGCCGCCGCGCUGCUACGCCUGGGCCGCCUGACCGCGCGCGGGCCCGGGGAGCGCCUGGACCACGCCGGCCGCCUGCUGCGGGGCUGUGUCCCCGCGCUGCUCGAGGCCGCCCGCGGCCACCUGCAGCGCCCUUGCGACCCGCAGCUGGCCGCUUCCCAGCGCCACACUUUGGCCCAGACCAGGAAGACCCUAGGCGAGCUGCUGGCGCAGCUGGAGCCCAGCGCCGCGGCCCCAGCGGCCAGCGCCCAGACCGGCGCGCUCACCUGGCGCCUGCGGCGGCUGCGGGAGCUUCUGUCGGCGCCCGGGUACGAGCGCAUGGCGCGGGCGGCCCUCUAG